UGCACACAGAGGGAGGGAGGGGCCCUCAGAACGGGGGAAUGGUAGCGUUAGGAGAAUCUGGGGACAGGGCCUAUGCAUGUUCUUUGUACUAAUUUUAUUUUUGCAACUUUUUAUAAGUUUGGAAUUAUUUCCAAAGAACAUGUAAAAAAUGUACCCAAACUGGGGAAAAAACCCAGAAACUAAAAUGACAGAACACCACUGGCAGAGGUCGGGCUGAGGCCGAGCAGGUGAUGGAGAAGAGCAGGGAGGAUCGCAGAGGACAGAGGUUCCCAGAGCUGGGGCGACAGUGACACAAACGUAAUGAAGGAGCCGAGUGGCCUGCGUGCCCCUCGCGCCGGGACCCUCCAUCAAGGUGGCUGCGAGGAGCCACAGGUGGCACGUCUCUGCAAAGGUUGGUCUUUUCUUGCCACAGACCCUGAGGGUGAGCCGGCCGAGGUGGAAUGCUGGGGCCUGCUUGUGAGGUCACCUGUGCUCAGAAUGCUUGUCGCCCGGACAACGCCGGAGCCCCCUGGGGCAGGCGUGUGACCGAGUGCCCGGCAACAGUCCGAGUAUGGAGAGCUUCUCACUCCUCAGCAUCUCGGGGCCCCGGGUCUCCUCCUCGGCCCUGGGCACCUUUCCUGACCUCAUGUCCCCACGGGGCCCCAGCUUGCCAGACAUUGCCAAGACCACGUUCCCCACGGAGGCACCCAGCCCAGCGCAGGCCCCGCUGCCCCAGCACCCGAGCAGCGCUCUGCGGCAAGGGGUGGUGCUCUCACCAGACUGCAUGCUGGGGGACCCCCAGAAUGGGGAGCAGCCGAGGCGGAGCUGCACCAUCUACCGGCCGUGGUUCUCCCCUUACAGCUACUUCGUGUGCGUGGACAAGGAGAGCCCCUGGGAGGCCCACAGCUUCCCCGAGCUGCCGCGGGACGAGGGCCGGGGCGACAGCUGCCUCCUGGAGGACACGGCCGACAGCCUGCGCUCGUCCUCUUCCUCCCCCGAGAACCCCGGCCCCCGCGAGGCCAAGGCCCGGCAUGGGGACGCCGACCACAUCAGCUCCCAGGACAUCCUGAGGGCCUCCCGGGGGCUCCCAGCCCAGCAGACCGGCUUCAAGUGCGCGGCCUGCUGCCGCAUGUACCCUACCCUGUGCUCCCUCAAGAGCCACAUCCAGUGCGGCUUCAGGGAGGGCUUCAGCUGCCGCGUCUUCUACCGCAAGCUCAAGGCGCUCUGGGCCCGGCCCGCAGACAGGCUGCCUUUGGGCGGCGGCCAGGCCCGCAAGUAGCCGGGCAGCUCGGGCGGCAGCAGAGCCUCACUGCUCCCAGGGAGAGGCCAAUAAACCCGUUAGCACAGCCCCAUGUCGUCUCCGUCACCGGCACUGCCCGCUGUCCGUCAGUCCCAUCCAUGUUCCAUCCCCUUUGGCGACCAGUUGCCUAGCAACCCCAGGCCCACACCCCGUCUCGACACCACCGAAGGUUCGGGGAGAACCGCUAGAUGGCAGCUCUCAGUGAGUGCCCAGACCCGUGCUGCCAGCCCCGGGGGACUUUUCAGGGAAGGGCCUCGUGUCUGUGAGGCUGCCUGAGGGUGAGACCCUCCCCGUCCUGCCUCCCAGCAGGUCCUCGGGAGGCCCCCAGAAGCUGACCACGCUCCUGCUGUCACCAUCUGCAAA